AUGCCGGGUACCAUUAAAGUCGGAGGCGACUACAUUGACGAGAAGAAUACUGCCAUGGCUGAGCUGGAACAACCAGAGAAGACGGAAGUUGUCGUCGACGAAAACACAAGGACGAUGGAGAAGAGAAUCGUCCGCAAGCUCGAUAUGACUCUCAUGCCCGUUGUCUGGGUGCUGUACUUCUUCAACUACAUGGAUCGGAACAACAUUGCGCAAGCAAAGUUGGACAGCUUUGAAAAGGAUCUCGGUCUCGUCGGAAACCAGUUCAACGUUGCGGUAUCCAUUCUCAACGUUGGAUAUGUGCUCAUGCAACUGCCUUCAAAUAUGUUGCUCACGCGAGUUCGCCCUUCGCUCUACAUUCCCGCUUGUGCCAUGCUCUGGUCUUGUGUUUCAGCAUCCACGGCCGCUGCUGGCAACUAUGGUCAACUCAUCGCUAUCCGGUUCAUUCUUGGUAUCGUCGAAGCUCCUUUCUUCCCAGGAGCAUACUACAUUCUCUCGGCGUGGUACACUAGGAAAGAACUCGCCCUCCGCAUCGCAGCGUUGUACUCGGCACUUAUUCUGGCGACGGCCUUCUCUGGGCUCAUUGCCGCUGGUGUGUUCGCAGGCCUUGAUAACGUCAGAAACAUAGCUGGAUGGCAGUGGUUGUAUAUUAUUGAAGGCUCGGCUUCGUUCUUCGCCGCCGGGAUUUCGAUUUUCAUCCUUCCUGACUUUCCUGAAUCAAACAGCGGCAGUGGCAAAUGGUUAUUUAGCGAAGAGGAGAAGAAGCUUUCCGUCGACCGCAUUGCGCGCGACCGCGUGUCCGCAACAUCAGAAGACGAGGGCAUCAAGCAUGGAUUGAAGCUCGCAGUGAUGGACUACCGCACCUGGGUUUUCUCGCUCAUGCUAUGCAGCAACCACAGUGCCUACAGCUUCAACAACUUCUUCCCCAGCAUGCUCAAAGGCUUCAACCUCGGCUCGAAGACAAUCACGCUCGUUCUUACUGCACCGCCGUAUUUGGUCGCCACAUUCAUUGCGCUAGGUGUCGCUCUUUCCAGUGAUCGCAGGAAGGAACGCGGACUGCACAUCGCCAUUCCCAUCGUCUUUGCUGUCAUCGGCUUCACAAUCACUGUAUCAACCCUGGAUAAAGCUGGGCGCUACUUCGCCUCGUUUCUUUACGUCGGUGGCCUUUUCGGUUCCAACUCCAUCAUAUACGCAUGGGCAUCGUCUUCGCUUAAUCAGACUCCUGCGAAGCGCGCGUGCGCGACCGCUAUUGUCAACAUCAUGAGCCAGAUAGGCAACAUCUACGCGCCAUACUUCUUCCGACCACAGGAUGCACCCCGGUAUGUCCUGGCUGUUAUUCUAAUGACGGUGUUUUCCGGGCUGAGUAUAGUCACGGUGAUGUUCGUGAAGUCUGAUUUGAGGAGGGAGAACAAGAAAUUGCUGGCUCAAGAAGAGGAAUCGGGUGUGAAGGCCAACUUGUACACCACGUAA